AUGAAGGCUCUAGCAAUUUGGAGCAAGCUUUACAAAGCAAGUUAUCAUUUGAUGAAAAUCGCUAGCAGCUUUAGACGUGGCAGAGGAAAUCAUGGUGGAUACAGAGGUAGCUACAGCUCUCGAGGCAGAUUCAAUGUUCGAGAUAGUCGUGGUGGACGUGGACAAUCAAAUAGAGGACUUGAUGAUGAUGCAGUAGCAUAUGGACGUGGUCAAGCCCCUAAAGUUGCGGAGAGAAGUCAUUAUACUGCAAAUGAAGAGAAAACUGAUGAACCGGCUAUGCUGUCCACUUACAAAGGCGGGGAAGAUAGUGGAAAAGAUGUCUGGUACCUCGAUACUGGAGCAAGUAAUCAUAUGAGUGGAAACAAGGAGUUAUUCACAGAGUUGAAUGAGAACGUUCAAGGAGAAGUUACUUUUGGAGAUUUAUCAAAAGGUCCAGUCAAAGACAAAGGGAAGAUUAUGAAUUUUACAAAGAAUGGUGAUAGAAAAUACAUUUAUGAUGUUUUUUAUAUCCCAUCUUUAAAAAGCAAUCUCCUCAGUCUUGGUCAGCUUUUGGAAAAAGGAUACAAUAUACAUUUGAAGAAUAAUUCUCUCAUCAUCAGAACUCAAAAAGGAGAAUUUAUUGUAAAAGUUAAUAUGACAAGAAAUCGUCUAUUCAAGCUGAGUAUCCAGACAUACGCAAUAAAGUGUAUGAAAACCAUUACAAAAGAUAGUUCGUGGUUGUGCAUAUUAGGUUCGGUCAUCUUGAUUCAUUGGUCUGAAGCUGUUAUCAAAAACAAAGAUGGUGAAUGGAUUUCCAUAAAUAAGCCAUCCAGAUCAGUUAUGUGA